AUGACUUCUCCAAUAAUUCAAAAAGAUAUUGUGAGUGCAUGCAAGAUAGAAACAAUUAAAGCUAUUCUCGAGGAACUAAAUGGUGCCUACUUUGCCUUACUAGUUGAUGAAUCUUUUGAUAUUUCACGAAAGGAGCAAAUGGCUACUGUAUUACGAUAUGUUGAUAGAAUGGGAUUUGUGAUGGUGCGACUUAUUGACAUUAUUCAUAUUCAAGAUACUAGUGCAUUAUCCCUGAAAAAGACAAUUAUUAAUUUACUUGCUCAACAUUCUUUGAGUCCAUCACGUGUGCAUGGACAAUGUUACGAUGGGGCAAGCAAUAUGCAAGUUCUUGAAUCAAUUGCUCUUGAUGCACGAAGUAUGGAUGAAAGAGCCAAGGCAAAUGUGACAUCUUGA